GUUUGUAGGACACUGUUGAGGCAGUUUACCCGUGUAGUGCUUUUUCUUAGUUCCAAUGGCAUGCAGAGAGAGCAGGGGCAGAAGGAUUUUACUAUGUUUAGGACUUUUAGUGUUUGCUAGUACAUUUUGCCAUUGCACAAAACUGACAAAACUUAAGGCAUUGGAUAAAUUAAGAGGAAACUCGACGCUAAGCAAAGGUCAAGCUAAAGCAGGGGAUCUGCACCAUGGAAGACUCCUAAUUGGGCAAAAUUCUCUGCCAGAUGAUAAACUCAACGGACCCAAAGCCACAAAGAACAUCCUGGAUGUUGAUACAGAUUACCAAGAAGACAUGGGUUGGGGCGACCCUAAGCAAGCUCAAAAACAGGGUUAUAGCUUUUCAAUGCCAGACAACGCAGCAGUGGAACAACUCCUUCUAAUGGACCCAAAGGUUGAAUGUACAGGAGACUCCAUGAAGCUUCAAGUCCAAAAUGCUGCCUCUACCUCUGGAUCUCUGUUCUUUGUAGAUAGGGGAAGUCACCUGUCUCCUCUGGCUCUGUCCAAGUUGCCACCAAGCUGUGGUUACACCAUCAGGUCAACGCGAAGAGAUUUAGUGUUAGUUGCACCUUACGAUGGAUGCUUUGUCGCUCUUGAGGAGGAUAGCUAUGUUCUCCCAAUGCGUUGGUUGGGGUUAAACGUGAGGAUGUCAUGCCCUUUGAUGAAGCCGCCUUCACCUAACCCACCGAUGGUCACCUGCCACGCCGAGGGCAUGGUCGUGAAAACUGGAUGGACCGUCUCAAUCGCUAAGAUUAAUAUGAAUUUGAAUGGUAACUGGGAGCCAUUGAUGAAGGCUUCACCCAGAUGUGGUUUCAGUGUAGUUGUACAUCCCGAAGGUGUGGUCAUCUCUGUUCGCUAUACACCCUGCAUGGAGAAAAAGGAUGGAAUGUACACCCUUGAAUUGGCUGGAGAGGGAGAAACUAAAAUUUCCUGUCCAUCACUGCCUUGGCCACCAGCAUCUGCAGCUCCACAGCAGCCCUUCUACCCUCAGCCAGAGACUGAAAAGCCUACUGCUGCUCCAAGGCCUCCACAGACUAAAGCCCCUCAGGGCAAAGUACAACCACCGUUCUACCCCUAUCCCUUCUACCCUCAGCCAGAGACUGAAAAGCCUACUGCUGCUCCAAGGCCUCCACAGACUAAAGCCCCUCAGGGCAAAGUACAACCACCGUUCUACCCCUAUCCCUUCUACCCUCAGCCAGAGACUGAAAAGCCUACUGCUGCUCCAAGGCCUCCACAGACUGAAGCCCUUCAGGGCCAAGUACAACCACCAUUCUACCCUCAGCCAGAGACUGAAAAGCCAACUGCUCCUCCAAGGCCUCUGCAGACUGAAGCCCCUCAGGGCCAAGUACAACCACUGUUCUACCCUUAUCCAUUCUACCCUCAACCAGAGACUGAAAAGCCAACUGCUACUCCAAGACCUCUGCAGACUAAAGCCCCUCAGGGCCAAGUACAACCACCAUUCUACCUCGAUCCCUUCUACCCUCAGCCAGAGACUGAAAAGCCAACUGCUGCUCCAAGGCCUCCGCAGACUAAAGCCCCUCAGGGCCAAGUACAACCACCAUUCUACCUCGAUCCCUUCUACCCUCAGCCAGAGACUGAAAAGAACCCCCAGCCUGUAACAUCACCCCCUGCUACCUCCAUGCAGCAACCACAACAGGUCAUAACUCACACCAGUGAUCAACCAUCCUGGGAAUCUGAUGUUCCAGAACUUAGUAAUAGUGAUGUAGUCCCACAAGGCCCUCAACUGGGCUCUCCAUAUAUGCUACCUGUGUACUGCCCUCAGUUUUGCCCAUCUGGAAUUUCUAAUUGCUGUCCACAAAUUUCUUUUCAUCAACAUCACCAUCAUAUUAUUCCUUCUGGGCUUGAUAGUAAAGAUGCACCUUCACUUUAUCCAGGACUGCCAUUCCCCCAAUUGGCACAUUCUGGGUUUGGCGGUGGUUUAGGUUCUGGUCCCCUUCCUCAAAAGCCAACCAAACCGCAAUCUACCACAACUCCCACCUCUGCACCCAUUUCAUCUCAUUCCCAGUACCUUCCAUCUGGAAAUGAAAAGCGGCCAUAUCACCAGCCACCAGAUGGCAACCCUGCUGUACUAAAUUAUCCCAGCAAGCAUGGACGUUUUGAACAGCCAAUUUAUCCUUUUGUACCAAAUUCACUAUAUCCGUAUUGGCCAUAUCUACCACAAAAUGAGGCACUGCAAAGAAUACCACAAAGCCAAUCACCAGCUCACUACAAUGUGCACUCGAAACCUCAAGCUCCAGGUAAUGAACCAGUAAAGCCAGUGCUGCAAUAUAAUGAACAGUCUCCAAUGCAGCACAAUGGCCAAUUAUUAGCAUGGGACAUUAAUAAUCCUUCUGGGCCUGAUUUCAUGUCUUAUAUUGGCCAAUAUCUACAACAGCAGCGCAAGGCAAACCAGCAGAAUACACCUACAUCCGCGGAACUACAACAAUCUAACAAAGCCAGUAAAUCUAGACUAAUGCAUCCAAAAGUCCAAAAUGAAAUUGAUCGUCCUCUGGUCCCUUAUGACAUGCUUCAAGAUGCUCAAGCACAAACUUAUGACAAGUCGACAACCCCCAACAAUACCUCCCAGCCAGAACAUCAACAGACUGUUCACUCCUAUCCUGAACCAAAGAGUUAUGUGCUGCUACAGCAUGGCCCACCAGGUAGGGAGUCCAACCGUUUCAAUGAAUCUCCACUGCCUUCCAGAGACCUGGUUCGUGAUGCAGACUUGCAGGCACACAAUCUUGCAAGGCAUCACAGUAGCAGACCUCAAGAUCCUCAAAAUGUUAAGCCCCAACAAGAAAACUCCCAACACCCCCAAAUGUUGGGGAAAGGAAUGUCCCGUCCUUUACCUGAUGUCAACUACAUGCCAAGGCCUGGUGAUAAAUCAAGUUUACCAUUUAUCUCUUUGGAUGGCCCACAUUCUGUUCCUUUGCCCCAGGACCCCUUUGUCAAUGGGGCACAUUUAAACCCUAAAUUCAAAGACUUCUGGAGGCCUAUGACACCUCUAGGCUCCGGCCAAAGCAUUGAACCUCAUGUUCUUGUAAAAGCAUUUCAACAAAGAAGCUCUGCAGCUAACCAACAAGCAAAUGGACUUAACCAACCCAACCAACCCAUCCUUCAGAGAGGUGGAAAUCGGAGGCAGAAAUGAGUUACCUUUAUCAAUGUGAAUAAACAAUUGGAACUAGA